GACUGACGACAGUCGAUGGCGGGCGUUUCAAAGAGCAACAUGUGUGAAUCGUCGUGCGUACAAUCGUGAAGUAGCGUGCCUGUGAUCAUCGAAAUGUUUUCGCGAUACCUUACCGCUGCUUUGAUAGCCUUGAUAGCGGUAAGCGUGAAGAUUUUCGCCAAUGGUUCGUUUACCGAAAAAGUGAAGCAACUGGACGAACCGUGGAAAACGCUGCCCCAGCUGUACGACUACGAUGAUUUCGAUGAGUGUCGACGCAGGAACCCGAAUUUUCGUUACACUGUCGUUAAGGCUCACCUGGUGGAGAACGCCAAUUCGGUACUAUGGCAACAAAUCAAACAAUAUUCCAGCGAUCCACGCCAUUACAAACGGGACACAUUGGAAAUCGGUGUUUGUCUAGAUCAUUGCAGAACAAUUUCCAUUGUUAAAAUGAGUAUUGAACAGCAAGCUGAAUCAUGCGCAGCCGAUCGAGUGUGGACAAACUAUCAACUGAAUUGCACCACAGACACCUUAACAAGUAUUUCUGCUGAUAAUUAUGAUCGACCCACAGGCAAUAUGGAAACGAUCUUCUGUUUGACUAUCAUGGUUAUUUUAUUGUUAAUAGCAACUUGUACCAUUAUUGACUUUCAAAGUGUAAAAUCAGAAUCAUUGAUAGUCAAGGCAUUCUCCCUGCCAGAGAAUUUAAGGAAGCUUGCAUCCCUCAACUCAAGAUCUAGGCAGGAUCUUCUGUUCCUGGACGGCGGUCGUGUUUUAACCAUGCUGAUAAUCCUAUUAUGCCACGCGUCCAUCCCAAUGAUUCGAAUUCCUCUGAAAAAUCCAGAGAAAAUGGAACAACAGUUCAGCAACUUUUGGUUCCCGAUUGCCAUGGCGGGCAACACCUAUUUGGUGCAAAUAUUUUUCGUCAUCGGUGGUUUGGUCUUGGCGGUUAAUUUUAUGGAUCACAUCAAAACGCAUCCCCAGUUCAAGAUGUGGUAUUUGAUGGACAGGAUUUUAAAUCGAUUGGUUCGAAUUCUACCAGUUUAUGCCUUCGUUAUCCUCUUUCAAGUUUCUUGGUAUCAGAGACUGAAAGAUGGACCUUUUUCUGAAAGGUAUCAAGAUCACUGUGCCGAAAAUUGGUGGACAAAUUUACUGUUUGUCAACAAUUACAUUAACACAAAUGAACCGUGCUUGCAGUUUACUUGGUACCUUGGAGCUGAUUUCCAGUUAUAUUUAGCUGGGACAAUAAUAAUGAUGAUUAAUUGGAGAUUCCCAAGACUUAUUAAUGCAUUGGUUUGCUUCCUGAUAGCCUUUGCAUUAGUAGUGCCUGCUGCUGUGAUUUAUUACAACCAUUUGGAUGCCACCGUUAUGAUGAUCGUCAGAUACGUGAUUGGCGAAAUUCGAAAUCUCGAGUAUUACCUUAAAGUUUAUGUUACAUUUGAAAGCAAUGCAGGGAACUACUUUUUUGGAAUUAUCACAGGAAUUGUGUACCAUCAUUUCAACAGUAAAGGAAAAAAGUUAGAGAGCAUAAAGAAUUUCAAUGCAAUGUUCCUGUUGGCAGUGGCAUUCUUCAUCAAGAUGAACGUCCUGACGGUAUGUCUUCCUCGGGACCACCUCGCAGAACCGUCGCUACUUCUCGCCCUCUACGGAUCGCUUUUGAAAGCAUCUUGGGGCAUUCUGGCAUGCUUCCUGAUGUUCUAUCUCACCUUCCGGCCCCGUAAUCUGUUUGCGUCGUUUCUACAGCAUCCAGUAAUGUUGGUGCUAUCCAAAUUAUCCUACUCUUCGUAUGUCGUCCAAUAUACGGUGGUUUAUGCGAUCUACCGCAAUGUCACCACUCCGCUAAUGAGCAACGCCUUUACCACGAUAUUAUUUACAUCCGCCGUAGUAUUCAUCACGCUUUUCGUUGGCUUCCUACUCCACGUUUGCAUCGAAGUGCCUGUCAUGACUUUAUGCAAACCGCUUCUUGCGCCACAGCGUACAAACUUUCCAGUUUCACCGACUGAAGAGCAUCUUAUUGAAAAUAAGGCCAAGACUGAUAUCAAAGAUUUGAGUAAAUGAUCUUUAUAAGAUACACAAGAUAUACGUACCUUAAAUUCGAAAGAAAUAAUAUUUCUGCAAGU